UAUUACAAAGGAGUCAUGGAAAGUCAGAUUACUCACCGAGCAGAAAAACAUGGAAACGCUCAAAAGGAAGAUGUCAAAGAAACGCAUUUGCCCAAAAUCUCCAUGAAGCAGAAGCCCUCGAAGGAGCUGAGGCCCAUGCUGGGGGCCAUCACGCUGGGCCUUGUCCUGUUCAUUGCCGCGGUGGUGGCCUGGUGCUACUACACGGUGUCCCUGCGCAAGGCGGAGCGGCUGAAGACGGAGCUGAUGGACCUGCGGGCGGACGGCUUCGUCAUCAGGAACCAGCACGGGGAGGUGGUGUUCCGCCUGGCCUUCCGCUCGGGGAGCCUGGACCUGGAGUCGUGCUCCAAGGAGGGCGAGAUCCUGAGCUGCACGCGCUCGCACCGCGGGCCGCUCAACUUCUUCAUCCAGACGGUGAAGCCCAAGGACACGGUGAUGUGCUACCGCGUGCGCUGGGAGGAGCUGGCGGCCGGCCCGGCGGUGGAGCACACCAUGUUCUGGGAGGACGCCCACUGGUACGGGGGCUCGGAGAUGAGCACCCAGCACUGGCCCAUCCGCCUGGCCGGCUACCAGGAGCCCGUGCCCUACGUGACCAGCGACGUCUACUCCUUCCGCGACAGCUUUGGCGGCAUCCUGGAGCGCUACUGGCUGUCCUCCAAGGCGGCGGCCAUCAAGAUCAACGACUCGGUGCCCUUCCACCUGGGCUUCAACGCCACCGAGCGCACCCUCUUCUUCCAGGCCCGCUACAAGGACUCGCCCUACAAGCCCCCGCCAGGCCAGCAGCCCUUCCCCGAGCUCAGCUACCGCGUGUGCGUGGGCUCCGACGUCACCUCCAUCCACAAGUACAUGGUGCGCAGGUACUUCAACAAGCCCUCCAAGAUCCCCGCUGAGAACGCCUUCCGCUACCCCAUCUGGUCCACCUGGGCACUCUACAAAAAAGAUAUCAACCAGGAUAAAGUCUUGGAUUUUGCAAGAAACAUAAAGAAGUACCGUUUUAAUUGCAGCCACAUUGAGAUCGAUGACAUGUACACACAGGCCUAUGGGGAUUUUGACUUUGACCCCGUCAAGUUCCCCAAUGUAACAGAGAUGUUUGCAAAACUGAGAGAGGAUGGCUUUAAAUUUACCCUGUGGAUUCACCCUUUCAUACACACAGAUUCCUCCAACUUUGGUGUGGGGAUUGAGCGUCAGCUGUUCAUCAAGGAGCCGUCGGGGCGGCUGCCGGCCAUGGUGGAGUGGUGGAACGGCAUCGGGGCCAUCCUGGACUUCACCAACCCGGCAGCCCGGGACUGGUUCCAGAGCCACCUGCGCCAGCUCCGCCACAAGUACGGCAUCUCCUCCUUCAAGUUUGAUGCAGGUGAGACCAGCUACCUGCCCAAGCAGUUCAGCACCUUCCGGCCACUCUCAGACCCCAGCAUCUGGUCACGGCGCUACACGGAGAUGGCCAUCCCCUUCUACGAGCUGGCGGAGGUGCGGGUGGGCUACCAGUCGCAGAACAUCUCCUGCUUCUUCCGCAUCAUUGACCGCGACUCCGUGUGGGGCUACGAGCUUGGCCUCAAGUCCCUCAUCCCCACGGUGCUCACCAUCAGCAUGUUGGGGUACCCUUUUGUGCUGCCAGAUAUGAUUGGAGGAAACUUCCUACCGAAUAAGACAGAUGGUGCAGUUGAGAUCCCGGACCGUGAGCUGUACGUGCGGUGGCUGGAGCUGUCGGCCUUCAUGCCCUCCAUGCAGUUCUCCAUCCCGCCCUGGCUCUACGACAAGCAGGUGGUGGAGAUCGCACAGAAAUUCACCGAGCUCCACGAGUCGCUGGUGGCCCCAUUGCUGCUGGAGCUGGCCGGGGAGGUCACCGACACGGGCGACCCCAUCAUCCGGCCCAUCUGGUGGAUCUCGCCCCGCGACGAGGCCACCCACAGGAUCGACUCGCAGUUCCUCAUCGGGGACACCCUGAUGGUGGCACCCGUCCUGGAGAUGGGCAAGCAGGAGCGUGACGUCUACCUGCCGGCGGGCAAGUGGCGCAGCUACAAGGGGGAGUUGUUUGAGAAGACGCCUGUGCUGCUCACCGACUAUCCCGUUGACUUGGACGAAGUUGCCUAUUUCCAUCGGAUUUCAUAACAUCUCCUCCAUCAGCUUUGCCAUGGUCUCAGGAAUUAAUGAACCCAUGACUUUAUUGACCUGGGAAUUUUUAUAGCUUUUGAAGUAGAAAUACAUUAGCAUGAACUCAAAGAAAAUACUGUGACCUUUAUUUAGUGUGUCAAUUGCUGUAGAAUAACUUAUUAAAAUGUAUUGGAUGAA